AGUCAGUGAUAGAUUGUCCUUUGUAUGGUGGGGAGGAGCUAAGUUUAGCCGGGGUAUUUAGCAGAAUUUGCAGAGAGUCUUCAUCGCAUGCGUAUAUUUUUGCUCUUUUGCACGCCGAUUAGGAAGCUCGUGUAAACGGCCGCAAAGAGCGUUACUUCAAACUCCCGUUACGCAAAACUGUUCUGACUUGAAGCUACUUUUAAGCGUGAUGUUGAAGAGGACUUUGAAAUGCGAUACAUCGGUUUGUCCGCCAUACUGGAUGUGGCACAUGAAGGAAUGCAAGUCAAUGAAAUUGCUCUCGAUUGUCACAAAUAACAUGUGAAGUUGCACACAUUUGAUCAACUUUGCAAUGGUCUAUUACUGUGAUUGUUUGUUUGUUGUUGUUGUUGUAGUAGUAGUACCAGGGAAACCGUAUGAAGAGAAAGACAGCAGAUGUAGUCAUUUUUUGUUUAGUUUCAAGAGUCGUGGCGGUAGCAACGAGAAGCUUGCCGAGCCGCACGAGAGCGACGGUAAUAUGACAUUUCCGAACAGAGUGAGCACCGUGGUCGGCGUGGACUUCCAGGUAACUGACGCGCUCGCCUUGUUCGUGUAAACCUUCUUAGUCGUCCUUAUUGUGUUCUUUAUGAAAAUGACAAUAUAGAUGCCGGAAUGACGGACUGCAGUAUCGGUUGCUAUCGACGGCUUUCACGAGUAGCCGGUCCGGUCCCUUGAAAUAAGGCCGGGACCCGGUACCGGUCGUCGCCUGUCCCUUGCUGUGCGCCUUGAGAUUUUUGUUCCGAUGUGCAGUACAAUAUGUGCCUUGGCCCAGUAAACAUCGGGGAACAUUGGUCUCAUGUCAGGUGCUGCACAUUUGAGAAGAGCUUUUCUUGACCUAUUUUGGAAAUCGGGUCAGCCAUGAUUCAUUGGGUCAGUGGGUUUCAGUGCCCAAAACCCGGCUCACCCGAUUGGCUGGAAGCUCAUUGAUUUGACUCGGGGGCAGGUCAAAGUAAAUGCUCUAUUGUCAUCUGGAAGACCUUUGCUUUUUUGUAACGUAACGUAACGUACGUCAACGUACAAGUGAAGCCGAGGCCGUUGUGUGUAUUGUCACGUUCCGCCAAUACUACACUGAAGGAAAGGAGCAAUUAGCGUGGGCUGUCUCCACACAAACAUGUUAUGAUUCUCGAGGGCUUAUGCAAUCCAAAGAGGGGAUGUGUCUCGUGGCCUUGUUUGUCUCCCUUUCCUGAUAAGAUGAACCUUCACCGAAGAGGCCGCCGCAACGGAACGGCUCGCGCGUGUCAAAACGGUGAACGGAAAACCAAACAUGUUAUUCACUCCUGCAUCGAAAGCUCUUCCGGCCGAGUGUGCUUUCAGUCAUCGAUGAGCGAACGCGCCCCAGCGAGCGAGCCGAGCGGCCGAGCUUGUUUUGAUGUCCAAUCGCUCUGCGUUCCAAAGUCAAUAUUGAUCCCAGACCCUGUGAACCUUCAACCGCGCACGUCCGGCGGGGUCAACCUACUGUUUACUGCGGCCGUGUCACAAAUAUUUUAUGUCCGUAGGCGGCGUGUCGAUCAUUAACCCUCCCCGGAGGCAUAAAUACGGCCGCAGAGGGAGACGGCCGUAGGAAAAGUGCAAAGAGUUAACAUGUGGGGAUUACACGAGAAGAUGAUGCUGGUGACCCUUGCGGUUUUGGCGGCGGCGGCGGCGGCGGGGUCGUCCCCGGUGGCGGGACCCGAGCCCAUCCGCUGCGCCCCCUGCACCCAGGAGAAGCUGAGCGAGUGUCCCGCCGUCCCGGCCGGCUGCGGCCAGGUUCUGAGGGAGCCGGGCUGCGGCUGCUGCGUGGCCUGCGCCCUGGAGAGGGGGAGCGCCUGCGGGGUCCACACGGCCCACUGCGCCCGCGGCCUGCGCUGCUUGCCCGGGCCCGGCGAGGCCAGGCCUCUCCGUGCCCUCACCCGGGGACAGGGGGUCUGCACCGAAGACCAAGAGGAUGCCGAAGACGACCGCGGCUCGCUGCAGUACGCGCUGGGCUUGCCCGCCCGAGACGCUGACGACGCCCAGGACGGCAUCAAGGCCAAAGUCAACGCCAUCCGGAACCAACUGGUGCAGGAGGGUCCUUGCCACAUUGCGCUUCACGCCGCCCUGGACGCCAUCGCCAGCUCCCGGCAGAACCUCGGCGAGAAGUUCACCACUUUCUACCUCCCCAACUGCGACAAGCACGGCUUCUACAAGGCCAAGCAGUGCGAGUCAUCCCUGGCGGGCCCUCCCGCUCGCUGCUGGUGCGUCUCGGCCUGGAACGGCAAGAUCAUCCCCGGAGCCGGCGACAUCCCCGGUGACUCCGAGUGCCACCAGGAAGUCACUCACUGAAGCGAGACAAAUGAUCCGCAAGCGCACACAGGAGGACACCUUCCUCCCUUCACGGAGUCAAAUUGUAAAUUAUUUUAUUUAUUCCUGACAAGUCUUUUUUUUUGUUUGGUUUGUUUUUUCCGAAACGUUUUCGCUUUUUCCAUUGUAAAUAGGGCAACACUGUAUACAUUUGUAUUUCUGACUAAAUAACUCCAUUCCUCAAAAACCACAGCUCUGCAACCUCUGCCAAGCCGCAUUUCAGGGCCUUCCUUUUUUUUUUUCUCCUUCAAUUCAUUCACAUCGACACAGCCGCUCAUUCAUGCAAAAUGUUGACAUUGUCUGCACGCAUCUUCAUUUCCUCAAUGGGGGGGGAUACUUAAAGUACCGCAAGUAUGUGUAUGCUGGUCAAGCACAAACAUAUCAGGGCUCAUCCGAGCUUCUACAUUUGUCUACCUCUGCAGUUAGCCAGCCCUUUUUCCACUUCUUUUUCACAGGCUCGCUGCCUUUUACACACAUUCCAGCAUUUAUUCUCAUAUUUAUUAUCAUGUAUCAUUCCUGUGUUGAUUCUUUUGUAAUGGAGGAUUGCUGUGCAGCACUUCUAUUUAUGUCAAAUACACAGCUUUGGGAAAAGCC